AUGGAAAUUUUACAAUUAAAUAGUAAUAUAGUUGAAAAAAAAAAAACAGAAGAAAAUGAAGCCGCAAUAGAGCAUGCCCGACCUUCUAAAAGAUGGAAUCCAUACAUUGACAAUGGGGGAACUGUUAUUGGGUUAACAGGAAACAAUUAUGUAAUUUUGGCUGGAGAUACACGCUUAUCAUUGUCUUAUUCAAUAUACACAAGAAAUUGUCCCAAAAUAUCAAAAAUAACUGAUAAGUGUAUUAUUGGAUCAUCUGGAAUGCAAUCAGACAUAAAAACCCUUCAUUCAUUAUUACAGAAAAAAAUUCAAUUAUUUUAUUUAGAACAUUCACAUUAUCCUAGUAUUCAUGUAAUUGCAAAAUUAUUAUGUGUAACAUUAUAUAGUCGACGAUUUUUUCCUUACUAUACUUUUAACAUAUUAGCUGGAAUAGAUGAAAAUGGCAAAGGUGUAUUAUAUAGUUAUGAUGCCAUUGGUUCAUAUUAUCAAUCAACACAUGCAUGUACAGGUAGUGGGUCAUCUCUUAUCUUACCCAUAUUAGAUAAUAGGGUUGAACAAAAAAAUCAAUUAAUUAAAAAUAUGGAUUUUAAUUUACGAGAUGAUAUUAAUUUUGUUAAAGACGCUAUGACAUCUGCAACCGAAAGAGACAUAUAUACAGGUGAUAAAGCAGAAAUUUAUAUUAUUGAUAAUUUGGGAAUAAAUACUACAUUAUUAGACUUAAAACAAGAUUAA